CCCAGCUUCCCCUCCGCCAUCCCUCCGCCAAACGGGGUCCCUUUCUCCUUCCCUUUCUUCCUGGCGAACGUAUGAGCAAGCAAGCCAGGAAUUCAAAAACAUUUCGCAACUCAGAAGGCAAAGGUAAGGUUAGAAGAACGUAGACCUUGUUAGGAAUUAUCAGAAUACAACUCUUCAGAUAGAAAUUCCUGCUGUAGGAUUUGCCAGGAGGUCGAAGGAGAGGCAUUCUUCUUCAGCUUCUGGGGUUCACUUCACUAGAGUAAACAGCUGCCAGGGAGAAGAUGGUGAGGCUCACCGCCGACUUGAUUUGGAAGAGCCCUCAUUUUUUCAACGCCAUCAAAGAGCGUGAAUUGGAUCUUCGAGGUAACAAGAUCCCUGUCAUUGAGAAUUUGGGUGCUACCGAGGACCAAUUUGAUACAAUUGAUUUGUCUGAUAAUGAGAUUGUCAAGCUGGAAAACCUGCCAUUUCUUAAUCGCUUGGGCACUGUGCUACUGAAUAACAACAGGAUUACCCGUAUUAGCUCUAGAAUCGGAGAGUUCUUGCCGAAACUGCAUUCAUUAGUUCUGACAAACAACAGACUUGUCAAUUUGGUGGAGAUCGAUCCUCUCGCCUCUCUUCCAAAACUGCAGUUCCUCAGUCUUCUAGACAACAACAUCACAAAAAGGCCCAAUUAUAGGCUGUAUGUAAUUUUCAAACUAAAAUCCCUUCGAGUUCUUGAUUUCAAGAAAGUGAAAGCAAAGGAGAGAGCAGAGGCAGAGAUCUUAUUUGCAUCUAAGGAAGUAGAAGAGGAAGCUAAAAAAGAAGUUGUUAAGCCUUUCACCCCUGCUGAGGCUCCUAUUGAUGUGGAUGUUGCAGGGGAACAACAGAAUGCAAAGGUGGUAGGACCCACACCGGAACAAAUCAUAGCUAUUAAGGCUGCCAUUGUGAAUUCUCAAACUCUUGAAGAAGUUGCAAGACUAGAGAAGGCAUUGAGCACGGGGCAGCUUCCAGCGGAUUUGAAACUUUUCGAUGAAGUGCCCCAGUCAGACACUAGUGCAGGAGAAAAAGACGAGGAAAUGACCACUGAUGAGAUCCCUACUGGACCUACAGAUAUGGAUCAGGAAUAGGUUGGUUAUUGGGCUGUGCUGGUGAAGAAAGGAGAUUGCCUCGGCGUUUUCUCGAGCCUGAUCUAUAGUCGUUUUUUGGCUAGAAGGGUUUACAUUACAAAAUGUUUUUCAGACGCAGGAGAUAAUGUGACGAAUCCCUAGUUGUAGGGUCGUUGAGAUGAGGCAUUUCGUCUCUGUUUAAGGAGGUAUGGGAAGAAUUGAUUCUCACUUGUACAACUACAACCCUUUGUCUGUGGGGCUUUGUAGUGGCUAAUGAGCCAAAUCACAAUGAAGCUUGCCUCAGAAUCUAGCAAGAGAAUUUUGGUUCCGACUUUUAAAGUUUGUAGAUUUGUCUGAUCUGGUCACGAGACUUUUCAUUUUGGGUGGGUAAAUUGCAAGGUUGUCAUUGAAAGUGCUAAAAGAAUUCACAUUUGGUCACUGAAAGUAUUUUAUUUCAUUCGUGGUUACCGAAAAUGGUUAAUAUUUCACGUUUGGUCACUCU